AUGGUAAGUGUGGCAAGGUUAGAGGCUUUCUUGAACGUACAGACGUUGACGCAAAGAGCACAUGACUCAAAUGACAAUUCCAGGUAUGCAGAAAUUGAUGCUGCAGAAUCGAUGAGCGAGCCCGCUAUGACUACCCUGGUCGAAGCAAACCUCCGUGUUGGAAGACAGGAAGAUGCUGCUUGGAGUUCAAUGCAGCUGGCCCAAGAACAAGGAGUCUGGCUGCAAUCCGCAUGGUUCGAAAGCCUUCAGAGAUGGCCAGAUGCGAUCGAGGCGAACCGGCAGGAGGGAUUGGAUAAUUUCGGCUCGCUUGAUACCCUCAUUACCGCUCGCCAUGCUCUUACCGAGUUCCCGGAGGUGCUCAGGAUCGCGGACGAGAAAUAUACUGGGCUACCAUAUCAUCAAAAGGCACAAAUCAGCGAUUUAUGUACCGUAGCAGCAUGGGCUGAAGGCGACUUCAAGGCCAUGGGAAAAUAUCUCUCAUCACAACCAAAAGGUGCAACCAAAUUGCUCUACAAAGCGGUUCUCGAGACUUGGCAUGGCAAUUACGAAGAUGCAGCAGCACACAUUUCAAAGGCGCAAUCUGAGGUGUACAAUGAACUACAGGUACACUUUUCGGCUAGCAAUUACGCUACAGCAAUCGGUACCCUCGCUAAAGCCCAGAUGCUGGUCGAACUAGAGGAAGUAAUCAGAUACAAACAAUCUGACCACCAUCCGGAAAUGCAAAGAGUACUAGCGAAUACUUGGCAGUCUCGCUUGAAAGCUUCUCACGUCGACAUAGACUCGUUUUAUAAACGACUGUUGUUAUGGAGCUUGGCAGCCAAGCCGUGUGAUCUGCAAGAUGGAUGGCUCUAUCUCGCGAAAUUGGUUCAUGCCCAGGGCUACAAAUCUGGCCGAAGGAUCCUGGACUCUCUAGCUCAAGAUGACCAGCCGGGGGACAAAGUGGCAUACACGAGGCUCAGGUUCGACUGGGAAGAAGCGAAGAGUCCGAUUCAAAAGACUCGGGUGGUGCAAGAGUUGUAUAAACACGCCGUAAACCUGUCCGGCUUUUGCGGCACUCAGGAAGGAUUGUUAUGCCAGGUCAAGAAGCGCUUAGCUGACUUGGCGACCUAUAACAGAGGCGGGACCCGUCUCCACCGUCGUCGACUGGCGCGGUGUAUGGCCCGUUUAGGGGAAUGGACGCGCGAAGUCCGCCCAGAUUGGAUAGAGGACAACAAAAUCCCAGCUUACGAAUACAUGGGGGCAUCGGUCCUUUUGGAACCCAAGUGGUCUCGGGGCAUGGAGUGUCUAGCGGAAAUGGCUCUUGAGAUACUUCAACAUAAGCAGGCAGCUAAUCCAGGACAAUCAGUAACCGAUCAUAUGGUCGAUCGAUACAUCUUGCCGGCAUUCUAUGCCCUGUUUCAAUCAAUCAAGCUACAGAGCGGCCCGGAACAAGGCGUGAAGGCGACUUUGCUCGCGCUAACUUUGUGGUUCCGUUAUGGCGGGGCUCAUCGGAGAAUAUUGACAGCCGUCAGAGCUCACCUGAAAGAUACACCUACCAACACCUGGCUACCGACUAUCCCUCAAUUGAUAGCGAGGCUUGGCGCCAAAGACAUUACCCUCCGAUACUCCUUGAUCGACUUUUUGAUGCAGAUCGCUGGGUCCUAUGCGGACGCCUUGAUUUGGCCUUUGCUCACAGCAUCUCAGACGCCUCGGUCGGUUCACCAGAGCGCCGCUCUAGAUAUCAUGCAGCAGAUGUCGGCGUCCGCGCUGCACACCAAGAUGGUAAAACAGUCGCAAAUGGUCGGAAGGGAGUUGAUCAUGUCUGCCAUCAGCCCGGCGGAAAGGUGGAAAAAUGCCAUCGAAAAGGUCGGUUCUGCUACGGCUACAUACGAUCCUAUAAGUUUCAACCGGCUGAGCGCUUAUUGUCUCACAAAGAUGCUCUACGCGCCUCAAUCCGAGGAAGAGUUCCUUUUCAUACAGCGCUUCGGCGACGCCCUGGAAAGUGCCAAGGGAGAGGUGGAAAGAUAUCUAGCGGGUGCCAAGUCCGCCUUCUAUAAGGCUUGUAGCGAGUAUCAGAACAUCUACCGAAAGAUUUAUUCUUUGCUUGACAACUGGCGAAGACCCAAUUUUCAGCUCAACCUUCGCCUGAUCGCGCCUCGAAUCGCUAGCAUGCAAGACAGUGACCUCAUGGUACCAGGUCAUUUUGAUCCCAAGAAGCUACGUCAUGAGCAACCGUUUAUCGACAGGUUCGAACCGAUGGUCGAUGUCCUGAAUACCAAGCAGCUUCCGCGGAAAUUAGUCAUGUACAGCAAAAAGGCCAAGUGGACUUUCCUCUUGAAAGGCAACGAGGACUUGCGGCAAGACGAGCGGAUCAUGCAAUUGAUCACGCUGACAAAUACGCUGCUCAACCACAACAACGAAGCUUAUAGUCGUCAGCUAUUUGUGCAACCCUACAGCGUCACGCCUCUCUCCCCAGAUUCGGGUCUGUGCCAAUGGGUCGGGAAUACGGAAACGCUGAUGGCCAUCGUAACGUCCGGGCGCGCCAAAGUCAAGGGGCAGCGAUUGACCGACCGGGAGUUUGCAGCGAUGUUUGCAGUAAGUGGCGGCCUUGGCGGGGUGAAGCCACGUAUUGACGCGACACCUGUUUCAGCCACUACGCGCUACGAUGCUUUGUCGACCGACCAGAAACUGGAGAGGUACCGAAGUGCCCUUUCUAUUUCGAAGCAUACCGACCUGAAAGACCUCCUCUGGAGACGAAGCUCCAGCUCCCAAACCUGGUUAUCCCGUCGAACCUGUUUCGCGCGGUCCAUCGCGACGACCUCGAUGGUCGGCUACGUCAUCGGUCUGGGGGAUCGACAUCCUGGAAACAUCUUGAUCGAGCAGAUCAAGUUCAACGCGAUCAGUAUCGAUUUCGGGGAUGUGUUCGAGGCGGCGGCAGAGAGGACCAAUUUCCCGGAACACGUGCCGUUCAGGCUCACCCCGGAGAUCUUCAAUGCAUUCGAGUUUGCAGCUGUGCACGGUGUCAAAGCCCCAGGUUCCCGCGGUCACUUCAAACGGUCAUCCUCGAUCACCUUGGGGGUCCUACGUCAACACAAAGAGACGCUCUUGGCGAUGUUGGAAGCCUUUGCGCUGGACCCUCUAUUGACUUGGCAAGCGAAGGAAGUCGACAACCCAACCGGUAAGCUCAUCUCCCAGCCUGACGAUCGACCCAACACUACUACGACUCACACCAAUGCGACGAUGACUACCACCACAGCCGCAAGCCAGGGAGACGACUCGUACAUGGCCCAAAAGAUGUCGCACAUCAUGACCAACGAGCGCGCCUUCAAGGUGUUGACCCGGAUCGAAGAAAAGCUCGCGGGGACCGAUCGGAACGGGGGCGGGUAUACGGGUGGACCGCCAGUCGAGGUCGAAGAGCAGGUACAAUAUUUGAUCGAGGAGGCCACCAAGCACGAGAACUUGGCGCAAGGCUACCCCUUAGGAUGGCUUCCGACAUGGUGA